ACAAACUCAAUCCCAUAUUAUUAUUCACUCUUUAACUUUCCUUCACAUUUCUACAAGAUCAUGGGUGUUGUGACAUUCACCAAUGAGUACACUUGCCCAAUCCCUCCGACUAGGGCAUUCAAGGCAUUGAUACUUGACGGUGACAACUUGAUCCCAAAACUCAUGCCACAAGCUUUUAAGAGCAUCGAACUCAUCCAAGGUGAUGGCGGGGUUGGAAGCAUCAAGCAAAUCAACUUUGCUGAAGGCGGCCCAUUUAAGUCCGUGAAACAUAGAGUUGAUGAGGUCAAUGAAGAGGCAUGCAAGUACAAUUACACUUUGAUUGAAGGCGAUGUCUUGAUGGAUAAGUUCGAGAAGAUUUGUUAUGAGAUUGAGCUUGUGGCCUCCCCAGAUGGCGGUAGCAUUACCAAGUCGACAACCAAAUACUAUCCAUUGGGCAAUUAUGUGAUUAAUGAGGAGGAACUCAAGGUCGGGAUGGAAAACGCUGGAGGAAUGUUUAAGGUUGUGGAGGACUACCUCAUCCAAAACCCUAAUGUCUAUGCUUAAUGUCUCUUCUGGCAUUUAAAGAUCUCUCAAUCCUAUUUAAGUCAUGAAAGGGUGUGCUUUUUGUUUUUGUCUACAUAUAAUUCACCUUUGGCUUCUAAUAAAAUGGUACCCAUCAGUCAUCACAGGUUUGUUGCAUUGCAAUGUGUAUUCUUGAUUUAACAUAUGUAGUCUUUCUUUGUUCCAAUAAUGAAAGAACUCAGAGAAAAAGAAGUUUGGCUCAUAAUCUUGGAAAAGAAUAGA